AUGGACACAAAACAAACCCCGCCUUCCAUGUUUCAUGCAAACCCUAAUUUGGUUGGCGUCAACGAAGUAGUUUGUGAGGAGGAGGAGGAGAACGAAGAAAAAGAAGAACAUGUUCGGCCAAAAGCGACAUCUACAUUGGCCGAUACCAUCGAGAAGCGACAUAAGAAACAGAACAAUCGAUUACGACCAUCGCUACCACCACCACCCACACGGAGUUUCGGUCGACAAAUGUCGUUGGAAACAGGUUUGAAUCAAAAUUCUAAAGGGAAGGGUAUCGAUCGAAUGGCUCUUCCGAGGAGCGGAAGAAGUUUCGGAGGGUUUGAUUAUAAUAAUAUUGAAGGGAAGAAAGCGGAUUUUAGUAUUUUUAGAACGAAGUCAACUCUAAGUAAACAAAAUUCUCUAUUGCCAUUGAGGAAAGAUCAUAGAGAUAAUCAAAUGGAGUCUCAAAGAACUUAUGGAAGCUCUGAAGGAAUGGAUGAAUCUUUGAAUAAAAGUGUUCCUGUUGGAAGAUACUAUGCUGCUCUUAGAGGACCUGAACUUGAUCAAGUCAAGGAUUAUGAAGACAUUCUUCUCCCGAAAGACGAGAAAUGGCCAUUUCUUCUCCGAUUUCCGAUUGGAUGCUUCGGGAUCUGUCUCGGGCUCAGCAGCCAGGCCGUGCUAUGGCGGGCGCUGGCGACCAGCCCUGCCACAAAGUUCCUUCAUGUUUCCCCAUUUAUCAACAUCGCCAUUUGGCUCUUAGCCACAGCUGCUGUUUGUUCUGUAUUUGUGGCUUACAUUCUCAAGUGCAUCUUCUACUUUGAAGCUGUUAAGAGAGAGUACUUCCACCCUAUUCGUGUUAAUUUCUUCUUUGCUCCUUGGGUUGUCUUUAUGUUCCUUGCCAUCGGUGCCCCGCCGCGGUUCGUGUCGGAGCCACUCCACCCGGCUGUUUGGUGUGCCUUCAUGGGUCCCUACUUUUUGCUCGAGCUCAAGAUUUACGGGCAAUGGUUGUCUGGGGGAAAGCGGCGUCUAUGUAAGGUAGUGAAUCCAUCGACACAUUUGUCGGUGGUCGGGAACUUCGUCGGAGCGAUACUGGCGGCGAAAUGUGGGUGGUUGGAGGCAGCAAAGUUCUUAUGGUCAGUGGGGUUUGCACACUAUCUAGUGGUGUUUGUGACACUGUAUCAGAGGCUGCCGACGAGUGAGGCGCUGCCGAAGGAGCUGCACCCUGUGUACUCCAUGUUCAUAGCUGCCCCUUCUGCGGCCAGCAUCGCUUGGCAGACCAUUUAUGGCGAAUUCGAUGGCUUGUCAAGAACUUGCUUCUUCAUUGCUUUGUUUCUCUACAUUUCCCUUGUUGUAAGGAUCACCUUCUUCACUGGAUUCAGGUUUUCAUUAGCUUGGUGGUCUUACACAUUUCCAAUGACAACAGCUUCUGUGGCAACCAUAAAGUAUGCAGAGCAUGUCCCUACAAUUGUAAGUAAAGGUCUGGCACUCACCCUUUCUUUCAUGUCCUCGACUAUGGUGUCUCUUCUCUUUGUCUCCACUCUCCUUCAUGCUUUUGUUUGGAAGACUUUGUUCCCCAAUGACCUGGCCAUUGCUAUCACAAAGAAAAGACUUAUCAAGGACAGGAAACCAUUCAAAAAAGCCUAUGACCUCAAACGCUGGACAAAGCAAGCUCUUACCAAGCACACCAAGGAUGAUUUUGAUGCACCAAAUGAAGCGUUUUGAGACUACUUUUAGUUGUAGUCUAUACCAAAUUAUAAACUAAACAGUCUCAUUGAGACUUGAUUCAUAGCAGUGUUCACAAUAUAGAAGAAAUGAGUACAAUAAUGAAAUUCUUCU